AUGGAUUCCUCCUUGUCUUCCUCCGUGGUGGGUUUGGGCUCCAUGGAUCCGCAGCUGCAACGUUUCACCGAGGUGGAGAUGCAGAAGCAGCACUUUCAGCAGCAGGUGCACCAGAUGACUGAACUUUGUUGGAAGAAGUGCAUGGACAAGUCUGGGCCAAAGUUGGACAGUUGGGCUGAGGCCUGUUUUGUGAACUGCAUUGAGUGCUUCAUUGAUACAAGCCAAUUCAUCUUGAAUCAACUGGAACAGACCCAGAUAUCCAAGCCAGUCGUCUCAGAAAGCCUUUCUUGCUUAUCUUGGCAUUACCUCUUUGGAAAAGGAAGGUAG